UACCUCUGUUCGGAAGGAAGCAGAUCACCUUCCUCUUGCCACCAUGUUGUCGGCGAGUACGAAUCUUCAAUCCUUUUCAUUCUGAUCCGUGGAGGGCAGCAAUUGGUUGGUGCCGUCGUUGUUGGUGGUUGGAGUGACAGCCGAGUCUAUCUACAUGUAAUGGAAGAGAGGACUUUUUGCACUCUUCAGUUUCUUUCUAGCUAGCGGUGCAUGGUACUGUAAAGGUAUCUGUGGGUAUCUUGACAAUCUCCUUUGACUUUCGGAAUAUCUCUUUCCAUCUACUGGACAGUCUGGAAGGAGCGGAAAAUUAUGGUAUCUGAAGUAGAUACCCCUCCUUUGAGGGACCAUGACCCUGAUCUUGUCUACCUACGGAACAAUGCUGUUCGAAAAUUGAGUUUGGAAGAUGCCGAGAACGACAAUUACUGGUCCACCUCUUUGUAUUCCCAACCACCUUUUCUGACAUCUUCACGGUGUGUUCACGCCCUUCGAGAACUUUUCGCCACUCCAUCGGUUCUUGCCGUUGCGACCGAGUCUUCUUCGCACCCCACCGGUUUGGCAUCAGUGCUGGCACAGCCAUGGCUCUAUGCUGGUGGAGGAUUGGGAAAUAUUGAAGAAUGUCCCUUGCAAGUUUGUCUGGCGGGGGCUGGGACCCGUCGGGACUCGAUCACUUUUGCCAGUGUUUGCGUCCCAUUUGAAUGCCACGCAGAAGAUUUAGCGGCAGAGGAUUUCCCAGCAUCCUUGCAACUCGCAGCCACGCCAGUGCUACAAUUGGUCAACCAUGCGGACGAUGAUGACAACCCUUUUGAAUUAAUCGACCAUCCAGAAAGGAACAAACCGAGAGAUCCCUACACCAACAAGGACACGGUAUGGUUUCAUACCAGUCCAGAGCAACAGAGGGCUUGGGCGGAAGAAUACAUUACCUUGCAAACCAGAAUUGCAAAACUCAACAAAUUCCUGCAGACUGGAUGGACCUGUGGCAGUUAUCAGGUCCCCUUUGAGGCAUUUCCAUUUGGAGUGCCCUAUCUUUUGGCUUGCGCCUUGCUUAUUGGGUUGGCCUUACGAGGGACCUUGGAUAGAAGGCAACCACAAGAACAGCUUUCAUCAGAGCAGGAGAGUACCUCUUUGCCACCUAAGCAGAAACGGGAGACUUUUUUACUGAUUGAAGCGGGACCCAAUAAUGAAAGCAAUCCAUUGGUUUGGAUGUCAUCGCUCCAUCGUAAAUCAACCGGAAACAAAUCGGGUACAUCCUCUCCAUUGGCGCCCACACAAGAAACGCAAUCGUGUGCUUCUCUGUCAUCGGAUGCAUCUUCAUCUGACUUGCCAGCUUUGCCCAAUGACACGGAAAAUCGUGUCGAGCAAACGUCAGGUCUCAGCAAUUGUAACAAUGACGGAGCAACUGCCUUGAAGAAACGCAUCCAGAGCAACUCGGAGGCAGCCACCCACACAGUGGCACCGUCUACUGUCGAAGGCAAACCCAAUCCACCUCAAACACUUGUGGAAUGCUGGAACGCGUCGUAUCACUGGCACAAAUUGUGCAAUACACGACAUGAGGCCACCGCUUGCUUGGAUGGAUUGAGAGUAUUUAGCAUUCUUUGGGUGAUUCUUGGUCAUGUCAUGGCCAUUGAGUCCAGCUCGGGUGGAGGAUAUUCCAACCCGGUUGACUUCUUGCCGCCCAAUGGACUCACAACCACCUUUCUGGGGCAGUUGAUCUUUGCCUCUCGAUUUGCCGUGGAUACCUUUUUGGUUAUAUCGGGAUAUCUCUUGGUGAUUGUCAUUGCCCGCAAGGCGCCCUCCUUGUGCAACAAUGGCAAGCGACGCUGGUCUACCUUUUUCCAAUUGAUUGGUUUGCGGUUGCUGCGCAUCUUGCCGCUCUACCUGCUAUGCAUCGGGUUUUUCACUCAAGUGGCGCCUCAUAUGUAUCUCGUCGGCGAAGAAAACGACGGUGGUGGACCCUUUUGGUACCAAUGGGAUUCACUCCUUCAACCAUGCCGUGACUCGGGAUGGACCAAUCUGCUAUUCAUCAACAACUUCCUGCCAUGGGAAAAGUCCAACACAGAGACAUGCUUUUAUCAUUCGUGGUACCUGGCAGUGGACAUGCAACUCUUUGUAUUGUUUGGUUUGCCAGUCACCUUUUUCAUCUUUCUGGCGAAUCCUACUUGGGGGAAACGCACCACUCUCGCACUGUGGUGCACCAGUGUCCUCUUGACGGCGUAUCUGUCGUACGUUCGUCACUGGAGUAUCAAUACAUUCGAUGGAUUGCAAGUGACACGAUUUGAUAUCGAAGGAUACGCAAAGCCUCAUGUGCGAGGUCAAGCCUAUUUUGCGGGAAUGUACGUGGCAAUGCUGCAACUGACCAAGAACCAGCGCGGCGCUGCUCGUCCAUCAGCAUGGAAACAGAGUGCCUUGAUGUGGUGUGCCAUUCUCUCCUUGGGAGUCAUCACCUUUUGUACGGUGACGGGAGCGUAUGCGCGUCGUCCAUGUCAGUACAGCGAGGCGCCUGUACUGAAUGACGACUGCGGGUCUCUUUGGAGUCCCUGGGCUACGUUUCUGUACACAGCAACUAGCAGAGCUAUUUGGUCCUGCUGCAUUGGUAUUUUGAUGACUCUUUGUCUGGAAGGGAGAGGGGGUUGGCUGAACAAUUUUUUGUCUUGGCCGAUUUGGUCUCCCUUGGCCCAACUUUCCUUUGGUACCUACCUGAUUCACCCGAUUGUUAUUUUCGUGUGGCUCCUGGGAAUGCGUGAGAAGAAUGUGUACAGUUUGGCAACCUUUGGCAUGUCACUGACGAGUGUGUGCGCCGUGAGCUUUGCCUUUGCGUUGGUCGCUGGACUGCUGGUGGAGUUUCCCGUAGCCUCGUUGAUUGCCAUGCAAAUCAAGAAGAAUCAACCGCGAAGACCAGAGGCGAACAACAAUACCAACGACAGCAACCAGGAUGCUCCGGUCAGCAUUGGAAGAUCCGACCAGGAAACUACCCGCCUUGUGCCAACUGACCAUAAAGAAAAGGUCGGCUAUGGCGCAGCGUCAUGAAACUUGCAACUUCAAUAAACUACUAGACAGCACAUCACAGCACAGAACGCAACGAGAACAACAACGAACAAGAAAUAGACCGUGACGAGCAUCCCGCUAGCUAGCUCCAAAUUGAAAGAACAUACAUGUAGAUAAAAGUAAAGCUUAAUUCAAGAAUAAACAACUU